GCAAAAUUGAUUGAGGUUUCUGAACUUUCUGUGCUGAACGUGCAUGGCUGUUGAGAUGUGAAAGUAUGGGCAAAACUUUGCUUUGUGUCGAAAACUGUCGAUGAUCUUUGCCAAGGAAUGUCUUGUAGUUGUACAGUACUUCAGUGAGCAGGCAUUUAACAGUGUGGACUCAAAAUGCUUCCAUCUGACAUUGCAAGACUCGUUCUAAUGUACCUCAAAGAUGAAGGGCUUACUCGCUCUUAUCAACAGUUCUUCAAAGAGAGUCCACAUCUAGAAGAACUAAGAUGUCAUCCGGAUGUUGAGCCCUCGGUCCCGUACGAAAAGGGUUUACCAGAGAUUCUGAACGAGUAUGCAAAACUCAUCAAUGCAAUCAAGGAUAGAUUGAGCUGCAACCAGGUGGUUAAUUCACUGUGGAAGAUGCACACUGAGGUCAUCAGUCAGUUAAAGUUUCAGUAUACUGGCAAUGCUGGAUUACUACAGACACAGGAAAAGACAAGCAUUAACCAACGAGCUCUUUCCAGGAAUAGAUUGAUAAGCUUACGCAAGCAGCAAGAGUUACAACGUAAAAUGGUCGCCUCCCAACCCAUAGUGACUAUGCCUACAAGCAGUCCUAACUCUGUAGCAAGCACUAGCCAACCUGAGAUAAGCUCUGCAUUAAGCUCCUCCUACUCAGCGAUAGACUCCUCCUACUCAGCAUUAAACUCCUCCUACUCAGUGAUGAACUCCUCCCAUUCAGUUCCAAACCCCAGUCACUUUGUGGUCAAUUCAGGACCAGUGACUAGUAGCAGAGUCUGUGUUGCUACCAGCCCCAUUGAUAUUGCAAAUGGGAGUACUCCUGCAGCACACAGCAGUGACAUGAUGCAGAGGGAAGGAACAAGAUUAUUGUCUCCUGAGAUGGAGUUUGAGAUGCAGGAGGGUGACACCAGCAGACAACAACAAUCAUCAAACCUACUUGACCUUCAACGUGGCCAAGUGGUUAUACCAGAACAGAGAACGCCAGCCAAAUCCUUUCACCAUGCAGGAACGCUACAAGAUACUCCCAUCGGCAAAUCCCCCAAAAGAAAGAGUGCUACACCCAGACGCCUACAGGGUACCAUGGCAACCACAAUAUCACCUCGUUCUGACACCACCUUGUCAGCCAAUCAGUGGGAGGAUCAUGAAGAUGGGCGGGACUUACCGGAGGUUCUGGAGUCACUCAUCAAAAAUAUUGAAUUCCAAGAAAAAUUGGCGCAGAACAUCAACAAGGCUAUUCCACUUGAGAAUAUGGACAAACAGGCAGAGCCACUCAAAUCAGCCGACACAAGCAACAACCUAGAUGGCCAAUCAUCAACAUCCAUAGAAGAACUUCUUAAUCUUCAAAUGAGUGAUGACACUAUUCAUGACAUCGUGCAGAAGACCAGCUCAGAUCCUGCGUUUGAAUCCUUGUUUUCAUUGUUCAAUCAGAAUUCUCAAGACGGUUCCAGUCAGCAACUUGAGAACCUCAGCAAUGAAGCCCCUGCAGCUAACAGUGACAUCAUGACGGGCCAAUCAGAAGUGCCUGCCACACUCCAGUCCAACCAAUCACACAGCAUGACUGAUAAUGGGGUGGUCCCACAAGCAGCCAAUCAGAGUUCUGGAGAGGUAGUCCCUGUUUGUGGACCUGCAGCAACUUCAAGCUCUACCUCUUCAAGUUCUGUAAAUGUAAAUGAAAGCAGAUAUACAGGUCAGCUGAAUAGCACAAGUGUUCCACCUGCUGCCACCAGUUCCUUUAUGGCAGUUGCUCAACAAGAUGCUGGAAACCAGUUGACUACCUCAUCAACAACGCAGAUACCAAACCCAUCCACAGACCAAGUAGUUACACUACCAGUCAUACUCAAUCAGUCAGGACCCUAUCAAGUGGUACAGCAGCCUAAUACUGGCAAUUCUCAGGGGAUUAUUUUGAACAGUCCAGCCAGUUUGCCAGGUGGAACUAUCUUCGUGUCUCCAGACGGCAGGAUUCUUGGCACUUCAGGUGUAGUCUUACAGAGUGGCCAGCCAUUGCAGGCAAGUGGUGUCGUGCAGAGUGUCGAUAUCAGACAGUCUGGCAUGCAAGGUGUCGUUUCAAGUGGAGGAGUGGUACACAAUGCUUCACCGAAUAAUCCUCGCCCCUGCCCGAUUCAUGAAACACAAUCAGGCUACGCUGGGGAGAGUACUGGUGGUGCAAAACAAUCAACUGGCCCAUCAACACGAUCAGCUGUCACACCAUCAACAGUCAACCAAACAAACACUGUUUCCAGUGGCGGAGGUCAGAGUGAGGUUUUGCAGUUACUUGGUAGCAUGGUCCAAUCAGAUGUUGGGUCCUUGUUUAGUGGCUCGCCAGAAAAAUCCAAUGCUAGAACGCCAACUUCUUCGAAACGAACUCCCCAAAAGGCCAGGUCAAGGAAGAGGGGAGCAAGAUCUCCUAAAACACCUAGCAUCAAAGGUCGCCCUGGCAGCCAAACAUUGAACAGAAAUAACCAGAACAACAAUGAAACAAUUGGGAGUCCUGGACUGAACCAAAGCACUUGUUCCACUGAGAGUGUAGUCAGGUUGCACUCAAAUCAAGCCAUCAGUGAGACUCAAAAUAUCUUCUCUGCUAUAACUACAGAGAGACAGGUUUCGAACCCUGGAUUGGUGUCUGGUAGACAUGCUCCACAAGUUUCCACAACUUCCCCAAUAUCGCCUCCAGUGAAUACUGGAAAACAGAGAAAACACAUUCAAUUCAAGCAAGUUGUCCUGCCUCGAGCACUUGAUGUUGGGGGUUCUCUUGAAUUGCCAUCCAAACAGACACGACAAUCCCCUGCCAGUACCACCAAACGUCCUAGAGCCACAAGAGCAAAAAGACAGGGUAGCAAUGCACAAAUGAUGGAUCAGAGCAGACCUUCUGAUCCAACUAUUCAAAAAACUGUUGCCACAUCAGCCAAUCAGUAUGAAAUGGUUCCAGCAUCCAAACCAGCCAAUCUCCAAGCCCAGCUUACCAAGUCAACACCAGAGAGGGUCCUUCACAUGCCCAGUGACAUGUCCCCAGAGGUCAACAUUGCAGCGCAAAUGCUAGUCUGCCUGUCAAACAGUCCCCCCUCAUUGCGACAGUCUCCAAACCGCUUGCAGAGACUACGACGCAACUCUGGCUGCUCCCCAGCUAGAAGCCCAACACGGGAUCACAUUGUAGAGCUGCGAAAAGAAAUUGGAUUGACUCCAAAACACCAUCGUCUUCAGCAGAACAACCUGACUGACACACUCUCAGCAUCCACCAAAACUAGCCUGGAACAGCCUCAUCCUAAGGAAUGUUCCACAGGCAUUAAUGAGGUGAAUGGGAGUGGCGGCAAAUCCCAGGAUAGAUUAUCAAAUGAACAAACACAAAAGAAGGAUGCAAAUAACAGCAAGCGCAAAUCAAGGACUCCUCGCAAACAGACGCACAUAGUGACGGAGACUGUGGUUCUUACCGUGCCAUCAGGACCCAGCCAGAAAUCAAAGACCUCUGCAGCAGCAUCUGACCACACCUCUGCUCCAUCAACCAUCCAAACCAGAGCUGCAACACUCAAAUCCAAAAGUCCUGGAAAACUCACUAAUGAUGCCAUUCCCACACGGAAGUCAUCGCGGAACAGCAAGAGUCCUGGGAGGCCAACUGGCGGUGUGAAUGGCCCAGGAAAAGGUGACUCGGGAAAAGCUGUAUGUGAACAUUCAGAACAGGAUUCUGAGAAAACAGAAAGCAGAGGACAAAAAAGAAGCAGAGAGGAAAACACCAAAGAACAGAGUAUGAAGAAACCAAAAACUGCCAAAAACUCAAAGAAGACUAAGAAAUCCAAAGGCUUUCCAUCCAAUCUUGAUGUGGACAAGUUUCUGUCAAGUCUCCAGUAUGCAGAGUGAAGACAGAGAUACAGGGAGAUACAUGUUUGAGACAUGGCUACGGGCAGAUUGCCUAGCUACGGGCAGAUUGCCUAGCUACGGCCAGCAACCUUUGUUUGCGCCUAUGGAAGUAGCGGAAUGCACUUCCAAUAGACACGUCUCUCUGCCAGAUGUAGCCAAGUCAUUUGACCACCACAUUUUUUUUUCUUUUUUAAAUCAUGUUCAUUUAACAUUAUAUUUAACCCUUUAAAUGAAGGUUUGGACAAAGAUAAACUAAAAGUAAAACUUAAGAAAUGUUUUAAUACAUUUAUUUACUUUGAAUGUAAGGUAGAAUUAAUCAUUUGGACUGAAUAGUACCAUUCUUAGCCACUCACAAUAUUUCUCUAACAUCCGAUCCAAAGAAAGUGUCCUACUUCAAAAAUACAAAAAGUAAAAAGUUACAGAUGAAUCUGCAGAAAUGAUUGGAUGAACCCAGGGUCAUUGUUUUAUACUGUAUUAAUAAACCAGUUGUUUUGUACAAUUGCUGGCACAAUGGUUUUUUGUGUAUAACAGACGUGUCUCCUUGGUGUAUGUUAGUCAUGGUCCCAAGACACGCGUAGUGUGGUGUACAAUCCAAGUCUCACUAACUGUUGAGGCCAUUUCACACUGUGGUCAUUUUCAUGUUGCAACAUGGGUCCACCGUAAGUGGAACUGGGUCCAAUCAAACAUGGAAAGGCAAGACGGCAGUCUGUAUUGAAAUACAUGUAGAAAAUCAUUUUAACUGUAAAUCAAAUGGCAAGGAUCUAUAUGUCAGUUAUAUAAAACAAAUAUUGAGUGGCUUGAAAUUGUGAAACUCUGAGCCACUCAAUAUUUGUAUACUCACCAGUUGUUCCCCUGGAAAAAAAUUAGAAUGCCCCCUCUUUAUGCCUUGGUGUAUAUGAAACUGAAUUUUAACUAGAUUUCUCUAUGCAAAUUUAGUAGAAAUUCUCAGUAGUAUCUCUGCACAAAGCCUAGACCAGGACUCCAUUUCGUGGCUAACACAGCCUUUGUCUGUUUGACAGAGACUGUACUUAUUAUUAUAACACAUUGGGAUUGUGUGUGAACUCUCAAUGCGAUUGUGCGUUUCCUUUUUAUGACUUUUUUUGAGACGAAAUAACACUCAUCCAUUGAUCAACAAUUUCCAUCAUGGACUUCA